AAAUAUCACAAUGCGGGCGCACUACAUUAUAUAGGGGCAGCUGGUUUGACUAUGGAGAAGCAAAUGAAGGCAGGAACCAAUCAAGAGGAGGAUCAGUGUCCAAUAUGUUUAUGUGGAUGAUGAGUCAGUGUGAGGACACAGAGGAUGCAGUCCCUCCGUCUAAACCCAGUCCAUGUGAGGAACAGGACAGGAGGCUGUUCUCCGGGAUCCAUCAGAGACCAGAAUGUCCUGGACCUAAACUUGGACCUGAUCCCAGCUGUGUGUCCAUGAAGAGUGACUGCUCCAUGGAACCUCCUCUAUUGUUCAAAGAUGGAUACUACUCUAUGAAAACAAAACCUGAUACCAGCUGUGUGUCGUUGAAGAGUGACUGCUCCAUGGAACCUCCUCUAUUGUUCAAAGACAGAUACCACUCCACAAAUAGGAGGAACCUGAGAAAACCUGAUCCCAGCUGUGUGUCCUUGAAGAGUGACAGCUCUAUGGAACCUCCUCUAUUGUUCAAAGACGGAUCUCACUCCACGAAGAGAGUGGACCCGGAGAGCUCAGAGGUCCCUGGUGGUCAGUCUACCCAGAACCAUCAGACACACCUGGACUCCAUAUUUAUGCUGCUGGAGGAGAACAUCUGCACAUUUAUGAAGAACGAGCUGAAGAAGAUCCAGGAAGUUCUGAGUUCAGAUUACUCAGAAUACUCAGAGACUCAGGGGGAGAAUGAGGAGGUGUUGGGUGGUGAAGAUGAACAGCAGAGGAGGAACAACAGAGAGGCAUUUCUGAAUAUCACACUGAACUUCCUGAGGGGAAUGAAACAGGAGGAGCUGGCUGACUGUCUGCAGAGCAAAACCUUUGCUCAAGUUUGUCAACAUAAACUAAAGUCUAACCUGCAGAAGAAGUUCCAGUGUGUAUUUGAGGGCAUCGCUAAAGCAGGAAACCCGACCCUUCUGAAUCAGAUCUAUACAGAGCUCUAUAUCACAGAGGGAGGGACUGCAGACGCCAAUGAUGAACACGAGGUCAGACGGAUUGAAACAACAUCUAGGAAACCAGACAGACCAGAAACAAGAAUCAGACAAGAAGACAUCUUUAAAGCCUCACCUGGAAGAGAUGAACCAAUCAGAACAGUGCUGACAAAUGGGGUGGCUGGCAUUGGGAAAACAGUCUUAACACAGAAGUUCACUCUGGACUGGGCUGAAGACAAAACCAACCAGGAUAUCCACUUCACAUUUCCAUUCACUUUCAGAGAGCUGAAUGUGCUGAAAGAGAAAAAGUUCAGCCUGGUGGAACUUGUGAAUCACUUCUUUCCUGAAACCAAAGAAGCAAGAAUAUGCAGGUUUAAAGAGUUCCACGUUGUGUUCAUCUUUGACGGUCUGGAUGAGUGUCGACUUCCUCUGGACUUCCACAACACUGAGAUACUGACUGAUGUCACAGAGUCCUCCUCAGUGGAUGUCCUGCUGAUAAACCUGAUCAGGGGGAAACUGCUUCCCUCUGCUCGCCUCUGGAUAACCACAAGACCUGCAGCAGCCAAUCAGAUCCCUCCUGAGUAUGUCGACAUGGUGACAGAAGUCAGAGGAUUCACUGACCCCCAGAAGGAGGAGUACUUCAGGAAGAGAUUCAUAGAUGAGGAGCAGGCCGGCAGAAUCAUAUUUCACAUCAAGAGAUCACGAAGCCUCCACAUCAUGUGCCACAUCCCAGUCUUCUGCUGGAUCUCUGCUACAGUUCUGGAUGUGAUGAAAACCAGAGAGGGAGGAGAGCUGCCUAAGACCCUGACUGAGAUGUACAUCCACUUCUUGGUCGUUCAGUCAAAAGUGAAGAACAUCAAGUAUGAUGGAGGAGCUGAGACCGAUCCGCACUGGAGUCCAGAGAGCAGGAAGAUGAUUGAGUCUCUGGGACAACUGGCUUUUGACCAGCUGCAGAAAGGCAACCUGAUCUUCUAUGACUCAGACCUGACAGAGUGUGGCAUCGAUAUCAAAGCAGCCUCAGUGUACUCAGGAGUGUUCACACAGGUCUUUAGAGAGGAGAGAGGACUGUACCAGGACAGGGUGUUCUGCUUCGUCCAUCUGAGUGUUCAGGAGUUUCUGGCUGCUCUUCAUGUCCAUCUGACCUUCAUCAAGUCUGGAGUCAAUCUGAUGGCAGAGAAACAAUCACCCUCCCAGAAAUCUGAAACGAGUAAAAGGGAAUCUGUAGAGACAGGUCUCUACCAGAGUGCUGUGGACAAGGCCUUACAGAGUCCAAAUGGACACCUGGACUUGUUCCUCCGCUUCCUCCUGGGUCUUUCAUUGCAGACCAACCAGAAUCUCCUGCGAGGCCUGCUGACACAGACAGGAAGUAGCUCACAGACCAAUCAACAAACAGUUGAGCUCAUCAAGAAGAAGAUCAGCGAGAAUCUUUCUCCAGAGAGAAGCAUCAACCUGUUCCACUGUCUGAAUGAACUGAAUGAUCGUUCUGUAGUCGAGGAGAUCCAACGAUACCUGAGAUCAGGAAGUCUCUCCACAGAUGACCUGUCUCCUGCUCAGUGGUCAGCUCUGGUCUUCAUCUUACUGUCAUCAGAAGAAGAUCUAGAUGUGUUUGACCUGAAGAAAUACUUUGCUUCAGAGGAGGCUCUUCUGAGGCUGCUGCCUGUGGUCAGAGUCUCCAGCAAAGCUCUACUGAGUGGCUGUAACCUGUCAGAGAGAAGCUGUGAAGCUCUGUCAUCAGUCCUCAGCUCCCAGUCCUCUAGUCUGAGAGACCUGGACCUGAGUAACAACGACCUGCAGGAUUCCGGAGUGAAGCAGCUGUCCACUGGACUAGAGAGCCCACAUUGUAAAUUGGGCACCCUCAGUCUGUCAGGCUGUCAGGUCACAGAGGAAGGCUGUGCUUCUCUGGCCUCAGCUCUGAACUCCAACCCUUCCCAUCUGAGAGAGCUGGACCUGAGCUACAAUCAUCCAGGAGACUCCGGAGUGAAACUGCUGGAGGAUCCACUCUGGAAACUGGACACUCUCAGGGUGGAGCCUGCUGGAGUCCAUUGGUUGAGAUCAGGUCUGAGGAAGUAUUUGUGUGAACUCACAAUCGACACAAACACAGUGAACAGAUUCCUGAAACUGUCUGACAACAACAGGAUGGUGACAUAUGUGGAGGAUGACUAUCAGACUUAUCCUGAUCAUCCAGACAGGUUUGAUGACCGCUGGUCUCAGCUGCUGUGUACAGAUGGUCUGACUGGUCGCUGUUACUGGGAGGUUGAGUGGAGAGGAGAGGUCGACAUAUCAGUGAGUUACAGAGGAAUCAGCAGGAGAGGAGAAAGAGAAGACUGUGUGUUUGGAUGGAAUGAUCAGUCCUGGAAUCUGGGCUGCUCUGAAGGUGGUGGUUACUCCGUCUGGCACAAAGACAGUGAAACAUACACCACCUUCUCCUCCUCAUCCUCCUCCUCAAACCGAGCAGCAGUGUAUGUGGACUAUCCUGCGGGCAUUCUGUCCUUCUACAGAGUCUCCUCAGACACACUGAUCCACAUACACACCUUCAACACUACAUUCAGUGAACCCCUCUAUCCUGGGUUUGGGUUCUGUUCUGGUUCCUCACUGUCUCUCUGUCCUCUGUAGGAGAACUGUCUCCUCCUGUUAGAGGAUGGACUGUCUCCUCCUGAGGAGCGAAAUAUGUAUGAAUUUACACACUACCAAUAGUAAUAACACUAACUUUACAUUUACGUGCUGGUUUUGUUGUUUGUUUUUUUCUACUUAUUACUAGAAGUAGUGAGAACAUGUAAUUGUAAUGAAAUGGAGUCUAUAUACAACACUUUUGAAAUCAAAAUAAAUGA